CACAGGAGCCGCAGACCGAAAUGGGCCGCCUGGGGCUGUUGCUGGGGCCGCUGCCGCUGCUGUUGGUUCAGAUCUGCGUUCCCGCCUCCAGGGGGCUGCGUUGCCUGCGGUGUGAGAGAAGCGGGUCCUGCCUAGAGGAAGAGUGUGCCUCUGACCAGGAGCUCUGCAGAACUACGGUCCUGCACCUAUGGGAAGGUGAGGACAAGCUGGAGGUGGUAGAAAGAAGCUGUGCUCACCCAGAGAAGACCAACAGGACCAUGAGCUAUCGGAUGGGGAUGCAGAUCAUCACUCUUUCAGAGACUGUGUGUGGGUCAAACUUGUGUAACCGGCCAAACUCAGUCUGGACUUCUUCUUUUCCCCGAAGUCGGUACCUUGAAUGUGCUUCCUGCUCCUCAUCAGACCUGAGUUGUGAAAGGGCCCGGGAACAGAGCCUACAAUGCCGGAACCCUAAAGAGCAAUGCCUGGAGGUAGUGACCCACCGGAGUCUGGAAGGGAGUCUAAGAGAUGAACAGCACAUCCGAGGCUGUGGUUACCUUCCUGGCUGCCCAGGCCCCACUGGCUUCCACAACAACCAGACCUUCCACUUCCUACGUUGCUGCAACACCACCAAAUGCAAUCGGGGCCCAGUCGUGGAGCUUCAACACCUGCCACUGAAUGACUUCCGGUGUUACAGCUGUGAGGGGAACAGCACCCAUGGAUGUUCCUUGGAAGAGAAUUCCCUAAUCAACUGCCGAGGCCCCAUGAAUCAAUGCCUGGAAGCCACAGGCUCUGAUGGCUACAUAGUCCGAGGCUGUGCAACCCCCUCAUGGUGCCAAGGCCUCCAUGUGGCUGAAGCCUUCAGCUUGACUCAUGUCAAUGUCACCUGCUGUACUGGAAAUAGCUGUAACCACCCAGUCAGGGAUGCCCAACCCUGCAAAGGGGGUGCCCACCAGGCUGCCCCUGCCCACCUCAGCUUUACCUUCACCCUACUUAUCAUGGUCAGACUAUGGGGAGGCACUGUCCUCUGGAUCUGAACCCCCAUUCAUCCUACCCUGGCUGGAUCCAGAGGACCCCUUUGACCUUCCUUCAGCUCCCAGUCAUGCAGAUUUGCUGUGUGGUCUUAGGCCAGUGUACCACCCUCUCUGGGCCUUGGUUUUCCCAGUUUGCAAACAACUAUCUCACAGAAUUUUGAGAACCAAAGGAAAAAAGCUGGAGAAAGUCUAUAGGCCAGUGGGAGAGCUCUUAUUGUUAAUAUUGUCGUUGCUGUUAUUAUUAAUUAAUAUUUGUAUUAUUUAAUAUUUUAUAUAUAAAUAAA